UGCCUGAAGAACAGACCUGGGAAACAGCGGUAGAGUCGGACCUACAUAGCUUUACUCUCGGUUGCUGACUGUGAAGCUGAACUCUUAGUUGCCAAUAACCGACAAGACAAUUAACUCCAUGUUCUCGGACUACGAAGUUAACGGGCCACUGGGAUAAGGAAAUAUCCUUGCGUGGAGAAAGUCUGUCCCUGUAGCGGUGGAUGGUUGGAGGAAGCGGCUCCAGGAAAAACAGACGACAAUGUAGGCAGCCCGGACUGAGUCAUACCAUGGGCUCGGAGGCAGUGGAGGAUUGUGUACAAGGGGCUCUGUCGUCCCUCUACCCCCCGUUUGAGAGUACCGCCCCACCUCUGCUCUCUCAGGUUUUUUCUGUAUUGGAGUCCACUUAUCAGCAUGACAGUCUGAGAUAUCUACUGGACUACUUCAUCCCAGCUAAGCACCUUCUACAUAAAUUACAGCAACAUGCAUGUUCCCAGUAUCUGGGCUGCCUGUUCCUACACUCUGGCUGGCCCCUGUGUCUCGAAGAAAAGGUGGUCGUUCAGCUCUCCACCCUGGACUGGAGGCUGCUGCGCAGUACCGACUUCUACCUGCAGGUGGUGCCCUUCUCCACACGCUGCCCCCGUCUGGCCCUCAAGUGUUUGGCCCCCGGGGGCCGCAACGUCCAGGAGGUCCUGGUGCCCGAGUCACAGCACCCCCUGGUGUUCACUACAGAGUGGCUGCACAGUGUGAACAAAGAGAGGGGCUACAAGAGAGAUGGAGGGGGAGGCUUAGACACGUGUCUCGUCAGUACUUGCGACGGGGUGGUCCGCAUAUCCUGGGAGGAGGUGGUGUACCCCAAGUUCAUCCACAACCCCCUGGACGACCUGCCCUCCAUGGCCGACCGCCCAGGCUCUGCCCCCGACCGCCCCGCCGACGGCGCUCCCGCGCCUGGCCGCUGGGGGGGCUCCUCCUCGGGGGAACCGGACUCCUUGUCUUGGGACGAGGAAGACGACGACCUGCCUCCGGACGGGGUGGACGCCGAGGUGGCCGCGCCCCGCCGACGGUGCAGCGAGGACGGGUCGGUGAGGCGACGGCAGGCCGGCGGAGACGGGGAUUACGCGGAGCUCCGGGAGCCGAGGGGCGGCCCUGACGGGGGCGCCGACCCCAGGCAGAGGUACCUGGAGAUGCACGGCAUCUGUAAGACCAAGACGCUGCCGCUGUGCAGGAAAAGCAAGGCCAUCAAGCUCCGCCGGGGGAAGGUGUGGGGUUACGGCCGCCUGGACUCGACCGGGGGCGGUAGGGCCAUCCUGGGGAGUAAGAGAAACACCGAUACGGUGCCCCCCCGUGGUGACUGGUUGCCACCGCGCCCCCUUUCUAGGGUCAACAGCCUAGGCCAAAGUAGACAGUCGGGGUCAUACCCCCCAUCACUCCAGGACUCGGACGAAGGGGAUAAACAGGGACUGGGAAUAGAUCUGGAAUGCCCAGGAAGCCGGGGGCUGUAUUUUGAAGGUCCAUCCAAGGAGAGGAGGCCCGGAGUGGGCAGAGAGAACGAGGGCAGUAGGGGUAAGGUAACACAGCCAUGCAGGGACAGCUGUGAAAGUAAGGGCUCAGGAAGUAGUGACAGUUUGGUCGCGACCGACAGAUCCAGUCACAAAACAGCGCACGUUCUAGAAGGCGAAUCGGAUCGUGGCUCUCACUCCGACUCUGUGUUCGAAGACGCUGACAAGCCACUGAGUGGAGACAGCAACACCAUUCCAACUUUAGACAAACGCGGAAGUGGGGAUAACGUCACAAAGCCAUUGGUUGAUCUUCCAGGGAGUGGUUUGAAUGCAGACAACCCACUGGUGGUUGGAUCUGAAACCCAAAUAAGGUCACAUUCCACUAAAGACUCUUGUGUAACAGACCAAACGGCUGACACAUCAGAACAGAGGGAGACAGAACGCUGCGUCACUCGACCCGGUACUGAUGCUGACCCAAAGGCUGCCCCAGCUUCAGGAGAGAGGGAUGGAGAGAGGGAAGAUGGAAAGACAGGAGUGACUUCCAGAGGAAAGGAUGUAAAAACAGGGGGCUUCAGGGCACCUAGGAGGAAGAGGAAAGGGCGAGGGGGAAAGGGGAAGUCUAAAUCUGGUGGCCGUAGCAACCAGAAGGCACGAGACCCGGCAACUGCCAAAACAAAUAAAACACAGCAGCGUGGUACUGACCUUGGUCCCUCCCCAUCAACCAACCUGCCAGUCAUGACAGAUAGCCAAUCAGAGCUAGCUCAAAGGCCAGAGGAGCCGAAACAAGAAGUCACAGCCACCAGUGAGGAAAUAGAGGUUGCCCAACCAGAAGUCUCCCCUGACGCAAUGAUCCAGUCAGGCACAUCCUUAUCUAACCACUCUACAGAGGAGGCAGGGCCAGAGACAGCUCCUGAGCUAUCGAACGGCCUAUCAUCUAAAGUCCCGCCCCUUUUAAGGGAGUUAGACACGGAGCUCCUCCAAUCAGGGAAGCUGAUGCUGACAGGUACGGUUGACCGGCUGGGCCGGGGUGUGGUUGUCACGGAAGCGCACCUCCCCGAGGAUGGUUACCACGAGGUCGAGAUGAGCUGUGUCUUGGCCUGCUACCACCGGAUCACACGCCCUUCCGCUAAAGAGCGCGGCCUAACUGUUAUAGUAGACAGCAGACAGUCUCCUCCCUCGCCUCUCUGCCUCGCUGCACUGAAGCACUUCCAGGCUGUGGUCCCAGGAGGUCUUGGCUCUGUCCUUAUUCUGGUGGAGGAGCAACAACAGGAGUCAUCUCCACACACUCUGGAGGGAGUAGAGGCGCAUACCGUGCGAGGGACUGGGGUCCUUCAGCAGUAUUUAGACAGGCAGCAGCUGCCUCUGGAGAUGGACGGAGACUACAAACACUGCCACUCUGAAUGGCUGGCCUUCAGACUGAGUUUGGAGAGUCUGACUGAAUGUUGUGAGAGCGCCCUCUCACUGUUGAUGGAUGCACUACAAUCUAUGGAGACAGCGCCACUACCAGACUUUAUCAAGUCUGUUCCUCUGUGUGUGGAAAAACACAGACAGUUAAUGACGAGCGUCCUGAUCGACCAACGGCUGACUGAGCUGCAGCAGAGGGGCGGGGCCUGGCUGGCAGGGCUGACCAACGGCACAUCGGGAUUAGCACAGAAGUCCCCGGACUGCAGGGCUGCGUUGGCUGCAACCUCUAACCUCUAUGACAGCGUUGAUGACGCCCUCCACCGUCUUGUCCGGGUGUCCAAUCAGAGGGGUAGCGACCUGGAAGCCCUCAGCCGAUUGGCUGCUAUGGUGGACAAACUGGAAAAGUGUGAGAGGGAGAUAGAGCAGAUCCAGGAUCAGUUAGAGGACUACAAGGAACCUCCCAUCUCUCUCAGCAGACUUUCGCUCAAACAGCAGAAGUUCAAGACCUUCAGAGAGUCGGCCAACGAGCUGCACGCGGAGACCCUGGCUGUCCUGGGAGAUCUAGAGGGCUGGUGUGAGCUGGACUGGGGGGGACUGAGAGAGGUACAUAUUAGGGUGCCUCCGGUCCGAGAGAAACUACGAGACAUGUCUCACUGUCUGUCCGACUGCUGGACCACCCUGGACAACACACAGAGGCUUCUGUCCACACUGACCGAGGCCAACCAGUGGUGCGACAUCAUCUCCUCCACCUCGCCCUCCCCCUCCUCUCCUCUUUCCUCCCUCCCUCCCAUCCCUCCAUCCCGUUUCCAGGACGCCCGGGCCUUGGCGCUUGAGCUGGGAGGGGGAGCUCUGCUGGACCUGUGGUCCCAGACCCUGGAGAGAUACCAACGUACCGUAGCCCAGGUCAAACCGAGGUUGCUGCAGGCCGAGAGAGGCCAGAACCAGGGCCAGGCCCGGCCCAAGACCCCCUCCUCCUCCAGCCUGUGGGACCUGAUGGGCCCUGAGGGAGAGGGGGACUGGGGUGUGGGGGCGGGGGGAGGUGAGGGUGGCCUCCAGUCAUGGGGGUCCCUGGCCUCUCUGUUCCGGCCCCAGACGUGUUCCACACUGAAGAUCGGGGAGGAGAAAGGGAAUAAAAAGGAGGGAACAGGUGGAGGUGGAGGCGGAGCAGGAGGGAAGUUUCUUCAGAAUCUGCUGCAUCCGGUGAAGAAAAGUCCCACGGAGGCCCCUCUACCACCCAAGCCCCCUAGGAAACGCCACCCCAGCUUUGACCUCCAGGCCCUGCUCGCCCCCCGCCGCAGCCAAGCCGUCCCCCGGCCCGUGGAGUCCCCGGGGGGGCCGGCCAGCCGCAGCUCCCCCCUCCACUGGCUGGGCCGCCGGGCCCUCGCAGAACCCGUCAUCACCGCCGGGAUGGCGACCGCCGUCCCGGGCUGGCGGGAAGGGGUGGGGGGGGCGGCGGGAGGAGUGGGAGGCGGCGGGGUCCAGGGGGGAGGAGGAGUGCUUAUCAGAGGGGUGGAGGUGAGCAGCAAGGAGGUGGUGGACUACACCGGGACUCCACGGCAACACGUGCUCCUGAGCCGAGCCGAGAGGGAGACGGGCGGGGAGAGGCAGGGGGCGACCACCGCACAGAGUAAGCUCUACCUGUUAUGGUGCAGGAUGCUGAGUUCAGAGAGGCAGUAUGUAGCCAUGUUGAAGGGGGUGGAGGAGACCUACCUUCCCCUUCUGGAGGGCCCAGACACUCCUUCCUCCCUCCGCGGUAAAGCUGACCUUCUCUUCCCCAACUGGGCCAGCUUCAGCACCUUCCACUCACAGUUCCUCCUCCCAGCCAUGGAGGGCGCUCUACUGCAAAGCCUUCUCCAACAGGACCUUUUCAGUAAAUACCGGGAGGAGUUUCUUCAGUACUCUCACUACAUAAGGACUAAACCAGAAGAGGACUCCCUGUUGGUCACUCAAGCUGCAGACUUUUUCAAACUCAGACUCCCCGCCAGCCCUCCCCAAUCCCCCCUGUCAUUUCCUCACUGCCUCCAGGCUCCUAUACUGAGACUGGAGCAGUACUGCGAUGCCCUGGAGGAGCUAGGAGGACUCAACCCUGCCUCCGACUCCUCCCUCUCUGUCCUGAGACAGGUCCAGCGCCAUGGCGAGGACCUCCGGGCCAGUGAUCUCAUCAUCGGAUGUCCGGUCCCGGUGGCAGAGCGCGGUGAGCUGGUUCGUCAGGGAGAGUUGCUGGUGUGUGGGGGGACCAGGAGGAAGAAGACCGGGGUGAGGAAUGUGUUUCUCUACCAACACCUGAUCAUCUUCACCAAGCAGAAGAACCUCGCGCCGGGACGCACCACCUACAGCUUUAAAGACAGCAUCAAGACGGGUGAGAUGGGUCUGACCCAGAGUGUGGGCGAGGAAGGGGUGAAGUUCGAGGUGUGGGUGCGCCAGGCCCCUCGUGUCCGCGACUGCCUGACCCUGCAGUGUCAGAGCGGCGAGGAGAGGGCUGCCUGGACGCACGACAUCGCUCAGCUCCUCUGGACACACGCCAUACACAACACGGAGCUGUGUCUGAAAGAGACCAUGUGUAUCGGCGUGUCCAGUAAGGUUCUGCUUGACGUCACAGGAGCGCCGGUCACAUCCGAACUGGACUCGAUCUACAGUCUGAAUGACCGAGUCCACAGUAGCUGUUCAGACUCCUCCUCUGUGGGCAGUCAGAAGGAGGGGGGAUCCCCUACAUCUGGAAGGGGACACACACAGCAUCCGUCCCCGUCAACCGCUGUGUAAUCUUCAUCUCGACAAGCAGCGCGGGUGAUAUCAUCCCUCAUCUCCUUCAGUUCCCUCCAUCGCUCCCUCUCGUCCUCACCCGGUCUGACCUGCCAACCCGCAGUUUCCGUCUCCUUUGAAAACCUCCACACCGUCUGACCAAUUUUCCUCCCGAAUGACUGGAGACACAUCUGUUUGACAAAACCACAGGGUAGCCCUGUUGGACUUCGAACUGUAACAUGGACUCUGGGGUGGAAAAAUCACAAUUCAUUUCACUGUAAGGGGUAAAACUGGAAGAGAAGUAUUAAGGACAGAAGAAAAAACAGGAAACUAUAAGACAUUGCUGCUCCAACUAACCCAGGAUUUAGAAUCAACAGAGCUUGCUGUGGGUGGCCAUUUUGGAUCGCCUGGCCCCAGUUGCCCGCCAAGUCAUUGAUACUGUUGGACACUCCAGUCACACAGUGGAGCCAUUGUCCUCCCUCUGUGGCUCCCCGCUAGGCCAAACCACUCUGCCCGAUCCACUGACUGGCAGCCAUGGCCUUUGUGCUUCCAUUAUCUCCUAAAACCUAAAACGUGCAGUAAUAAACGCAUUGACUUUGCGGAACAUUGUUUGGGAAAAAGGGCUUAGCUUAUAAUGGCUGUUGGUUGCGUGGCGCGGGUGUCAGAGCCGUUGGGAUAUUGUAUGGUUCGUCUGUGCGGGGCUGUAUAUAGCCUAUCCUAGGUGUGAUUGUGAUCUAUGCAAAUGAGUAUGUGCAGCCCGGGGUGUAUGAGCACGCUCAGUACUCAGAGGCUGACACACACACACACGCAGACACACACACACACACACACAGCAGCCUUAUUGUGUCACAGACAGUAGAGUACUGUUCGCACACGGUUGCCACAUCUCACGGCUUAGUACAGUAGCUACAGGCCAGGGAUAGCAAGCGCUGGUCCUGACACGACAGGUGCUUCAGGAUUUUCACCCAACCAGGCAACGUACCUGACCCGAUUUAGGCAACUGAUCGGUUCGGUGAUUGUCUCGAUUCUACCCAUCUGGUCCACCAGCUCAGUUAAUUGAAGGACCUGAAAUGCCUGACCCAGUCCAGAACUUGGUCUACCCCGCCACUGCUACAGAAUGACCAGAGGACAGUUAACCAACCAACGACAGGCAUCGUUGCAUACUGGCAAUAUAGGCCUUGCCUGGAAACGUAGAGUAGGCAGAGUAAUCCCACGUAAAGAUAAUGUAAACAUCUUGCUAUAAUCCAAUUGUUAAUCUGAGAACCCAGACUUAAAUAAUCUUUUAAGACUGCCCAACUGUGUAUUUUGAAGCAUUUCUUUGUGUUUGUGGUUCAGUAUACAUGCGUAAGCAUUUGACGUCAUGGCCGAAGGGAUGAUUUUGACUGUUACUCUUGAUGGUUUUCGGAAAUCUUAAAUCUUAUUCCGUCAUAAGUGUUAUGUUAACAGUAUAACUUGUCUAGGGCCUUAUAGCACUGCUCUGUAUAAAUUAGCUAUGUUGGACUCAUUGGGUCAAUGACUAUUUGAUCGAUGGAUUUUGUUAUCAAUCUUUUUCAUGUAAACCACAAUGUUGUAUUUGCAGAAUGAACAAAUGUUUAUCAGUGUAAGUUAAUUCAAUAAGCUGUUGCAUAGGGGGAAAACAUUUAAAUGUGCAGUCUGAGGAAUAUGCUUAUAGAUUUCAUACGUUAUUGAAAAUGAAGGUAUGCAUUCAAUGAAAUGGACUCUGUUACCAGGCUAA